CUCCUCACUGGGCGCUCGUGGCAGCUCAGCCCCCUUGGCCCCGGCCUUAUAUUUCUUCAGCCGCGAGUGUCUGUUCUGCAAACCUAGAAGCUCAGCAGCCACAACAAUACAACAUGCUGGCUCAGCGCAUUGCCAAACUGCUCCGCCUUGGCGCCUCUGGACAUGCAGCUGUGGGGAGGGGACGUCCCGGGCUGGCAGUGGGCAACUUGGAGCUAGGGAGACGCUUCAGUGACAGCCCGAAGCCAGAAAGCACAGACCAGGGCUCUGCGGACAAAGUGAGGCUACAUUUUAUAAAUCGGGAUGGAGAGAAAUACUCGGUCAGCGCCAAAGAAGGGGAAAGUCUGCUGGAGGUUGUGAUAAAUCAAAAUAUUAACAUCGAUGGCUUUGGGGCGUGUGAGGGCACCCUGGCCUGCUCCACUUGCCAUCUAAUCUUUGAGAAAGCAGCAUUUCAGCAACUGGGUGAGAUCAGUGAUGACGAGCUGGACAUGCUGGACUUGGCCUACGGACUGACUGACACAUCUCGUCUGGGUUGCCAGGUGUGUGUGAAGAAAUGGAUGGACGGCCUGACGGUCCAGGUGCCCACGGAGGUCUCAGACAUCAGGAGAGAACUGGAAGUGGAGAAGCAAAAGAAACAGUAGUUGAAGCACAUGACAUGCCCUGCAAAUAUUAUCCUGACACUGUUAAAAGAGGGGAAGCCUUUACUUUCCAGACUGAAAGCAAACACCCUAAACCAACCAAACCCCAUUUCUCACUUGCUGUGCCCAACAAACUCAAGCAUAUGGUGGUUUAAUAUGACACCUUAGUUCAGAUUAUUCGUGGCUAGAAUCACUUGGGUCAUCUAACCACUUAACCAUGUGCAACACAGCCUCAUUUUAGCCCCCAUUUAGGCUGUAGUGCCAGGCCAGCUCCUGAAAGGGGCUCUGUGCCCAAAAUCUGUAGACUCACCUGAAUUGGGAUGAAAAAUUGGUGCUCUGUGUAGCUCAUUUCUGCCAGAGGGAUUGAGAGAGAUUUCUGGACAUCUGCUGCUUCCAAGGAAGCUUCUUUAUGGCUUGAUAAAAUUGAUGGGAGAAAGAUUGUGAAAUCCCAAAGUAGCAGCCCAUUCCAAGCCCAUCAGUUGGGGGCUACAUUUAUCCCCUUUGAAUGGGCUGGGAUGUGCUCUUACUUGCAGCCCCCCCCCCUCCGUUGGCCAUUGUGUGAGGCAGAGGAGGAGCAAGACUCACCCUAACUGAGCCAGCGAAAACAAAGUCAAGUUCAAUUGUUUGGAUCACGGGACCCAUCUCCGAGUCUAUCCCUGUGAUCCCCUUGGAGAUCUCCCUUCCGCCAAGUCUAGUCCUGCUUAAGUUCUGAGCCCAACUUUGGCUCUUCUAGACUGGAAGCCAAUCCACAUUUGAGCCGAUACCUUGGAGAAGAUGAAUACAGAAUUCCACACAUAUGAAGUUAGAGAGAUGCAGUGAAUAGUUAGGGUCUGUUCCUGGCUAUGAAGACCAUUGUUCUGGUUUUCACUGUGGAUUAUUUCUUUGCAAUGUGCAUUUUUAUUGUACGUUUUCACAAAGUGUAUUCAGAAGAAUUUCCCCUUUACAGCUACUCAUGUCAAAUAUUAUUCUGUUGGAAAGGUAGAAAUAAAAACUUUCAAACCAAA